GGAGAUCGGACCUACAAUAGUUGGAGAUGAAAGUUCUGAUCCAGAGUUGAUGGAGAAGCUUGGAGCCACCAGAAGAACUGUACUUGGGAAUAAUUUUGCAGAAUAUUUUAUAAAUGAGCCCCCACGUGUUACACUGAACAAGCUGGAGAGUUUAGGAUAUCGUGUCGUUAGCAUGACAGGAGUUGGGCAGACUCUCGUAUGGUGCCUACAUAAGGAGUAGAUAUGCUGUGCUUCACUAGGACCAGUUAAAGACUGCUUCAGAUGCCCAUGUGAACUGCAUCCUGUGAUGUUCCUGAUGAACUCUUCCCACCCAUCAGUACAGGAUGGGGUUGCCGAGUUUAAAAUUAAGCUUAAUCCACAUACACAAGCCUGGACCUUGCUUCCAUGUUGCAAUGGUGGAUUUACCAU